CAAGGAUGGCGAACAAUGAAUAAAAAGUUUUUGGCUUCUGAGAAAGAGCAUAAGCAAGCUAAUGUUCCAAUUUCUCUUUCUACUGAUGAUGUUCUGAAGUCCACCCCAACAUUUGAAACAAGUUUCUCUCAAGGAUGGAGAACAACAGAUAAAACUGCUUUGGCUCAUGAGAAAGAGAGUUUGCAUUAUGAUAUUCCAAUUUCUCCUAUUGAUCAAGUUAAACAGUCUGCCCAAACAGCUGAAACAAGUUCAUGUGCUACUGGAAUGGAUAAAAAAGUUCGAGGAAGUAACAAGUGCAAAGAAGUUGCAUCGCUUGAUAUUGGACAAAUGCUAAAAGUGUCAUUUUACAAUAAUCGAACAGUUGGGAAGAAUAGUAAUCUAUUUUCGAGGCACUUGGAAAAAAUAGUUUGUGAUUGUAAUAUAUGUCCAUUGGGAGUAUCAUCAUGGAAACACAUUAAGGAGGAAAAGCUAAAUCACAUGUGGGUUGUUGUUAAGGGCGGAAAAGAUGGCAAUCCACCAGAUUUGACAACUAUCUUUUACGAGACUCGCAAGAAGAAUAACACACUUGUUGAUUCUGAAACAAUCAAGAAGCAUGCUCAAAUUCAAGAAUUGGUGGAGUCUGAACCAUCACUUUCUAGCAUAGAAAUUGUUGAGAAAUGCUUUGGACCUCAAAGUCGUAGCCAUGUAUUUGCUUUGGAGGUGGAGUAAAAGCAAGAGAUUUGAAAGGUGGGACUUCCUCAAAAGCUGAAUUGUUGGCUGAGCUACGUUCAACUCAAAAGGAAAAUCAGUCUUUGAAGAAUUGCAUGUCUAACUUUCAAAAU